UCAGCUGAUUACGAAAAGUCACUUUCCAGAAAAUUUUCCCCUUUUCGUCUGUCAGUUAUUUUCAUUUCGCAUCAGUCGGGUUUCCAACUCGGCCGGGAAAAGUCGGGCAAACUACAGCUAAAUUGUUCGGAAUAAUACGAGUGUUUUGUUGUUCUGUGCAGUUUUAUUUAAGAUUUAACGUGAGUGUAGUCCGAAAUGAUCCUGGAAGGGGAGCAUCCGCAACAGCAACUGGCAAACGCGGACCAUGCAGUUCACCAAACGCACCUCCGCUGGCGACUAACUCAUAAUAACGCCAUUAAUAAAACCCAUCAGCGUUUCAGUUGCUCCGGUCGGGUCGUAAGUCGGAAUCAUUUUUUCAAGCGCAGUCGCGGUUUUUUGUGGUUCCUGCUCUGCAAUUUAAUAAUUAGCGGUGAACGCGCCCGAUGCCAGCUCCUCAUCAACGUCCAAAAUCAGGGUGGCGAGGUGAUCCAGGAGAGUAUUACCUCCAACAUCAACGACGACCUGAUAACUCUGGAGUUUCAGAAGACCGACGGCACGCUCAUCACCCAGGUCAUCGACUUUCGCAAUGAGGUUCAAAUCCUUAAGGCCUUGGUCCUGGGCGAAGAGGAGCGCGGCCAGAGCCAGUAUCAGGUUAUGUGCUUCGCUACUAAGUUUAACAAGGGCGACUUCAUCUCCUCGGCGGCUAUGGCCAAGCUGCGUCAGAAGAAUCCGCACACCAUCCGUACUCCCGAGGAGGACAAGGGCCGGGAGACCUUCACAAUGAGCAGCUGGGUGCAACUGAAUCGCUCCCUGCCCAUUACCAGACAUCUACAGGGCUUGUGCGCCGAGGCCAUGGACGCUACCUACGUGCGUGAUGUGGACCUCAAGGCUUGGGCGGAGUUGCCAGGUUCCUCGAUUUCCAGCCUGGAGGCAGCCACCGAGAAGUUCCCGGACACGCUCUCGACGCGCUGCAACGAGGUGAGCAGCCUGUGGGCGCCCUGUUUGUGCAAACUGGAGACCUGCAUCGGCUGGUAUCCCUGCGGACUGAAGUACUGCAAGGGCAAGGGAGUAGCCGGAGCGGACUCCUCGGGCGCCCAGCAGGCACAGCAGACGAAUUAUCGCUGCGGCAUCAAGACCUGCCGCAAGUGCACACAGUUCACCUAUUAUGUGCGGCAGAAACAACAGUGCCUCUGGGAUGAAUGACGACGCGGCGAGCUGCAGCUGAUGCAGAUGCGCUGCUCCAGGAGGCGGAAUGGGAGCGAGGAUGACGCCAGUGCCACCUGCCCGGGCGAAACAAGAGCAGCCACGGCGGCGACAAUAAAUGGUGGGAAAGCAGGGGCAGCGGGGAAGGAUAAAACGGCAGCAGCAACAACGACGACCAACAAAUUACGCCAACUGCUUUUGUUGGUCCAGCAGCAGAUGCCUUUUGCUCUGUGGAGUUUUCCGGUCCAUCACAUCUCCCAGCCCCAGACCCAUUCUCGUUCCCAAUCCCAAUCUCAACAUAAACCCAGGCAGCAGCAUCAGCAUCAUUCUCAGGUUGCCCCCACUUCUCAUCACCCGUCAUCAUCAUCAUUAUCCUCGACAUCAUCCGCAAUGGCCGCCAUCGUUGCGUGAUAAUGAACGCUUGAAAUACUCAACCUCCCCAACCCCCAACUACACGUCCAGGAAAAAACGAGUGUUGACACUUUUUCCGCUCACGAUUCAAGAUUCUGGACGCCGACAUUUGAAUGCAAGUCACUGGGUAGAGGUUGAAACACGGUAAAAAAGGAGUAAAACAAAAUAAAUGUAAAAAUGUGCUUCUGUAUACUAUGUAUAUAUAUGUAUAUUUAACGAUGAUUAGCUUUUAGCCAGCUUACGUUCUACGCUUAUGCCGGAUUUCGUUUUAGACCUAGAUUAGGUGUCCUUAUUCAAUUUAGCCAGCAGCAAGCUCUCUUGAAUUAAAGGUUAAGCCCUUUUGAUGGACCAACUG